AUGAUGAAAUACUUGGAAAAGAAGCAAGGGCAAAAUAAGGCACCAAGCCCUUGUUUGCCCAGACAUGCUCUGCCCACAACUGCCACUCCAUCGCCCAUCUGUUUGCUACUAGAGGCUAUAGAUCACAUUAAAGUGGGCUCUUACUAUGAAAUCGACCACUCUAAGCUCCCUCCCAGAACCACCCCAGAACAGCUCAAGGCGGUUCGGGUCGUCAUGGUGAGUGAGAAGGGUGCGCUCAAAGUGGCUGUCAGGUUCCCAAGCAUUCACUCUCUCCACACGCACAUCACCGAAGGAGGCUACGCAAAACCAUUGGCCAAGCAGAUUCCGGCGCUUAACGAGAAGUACGUGAUGCCAACAGAAAUGGCUUCAGAGGUGCUUUACCGGAGAAUCCCAGCUCAGGAGAUUGCAGAUCGGAGCAACAUUUGUAGCUUCUGGGCUGCUGCACCCUCUGCGACAAAGAGAAUAAGCUCUUCACCGAGCUCAGCAGUCAGCGGUGAGGUCAUGAACAGGAGUGUGGUUUCCAAAAAGGGUCCAUGCUGGUCGGAGCUAAAGUUCACUGGGAUGGUGACGUGGGGUAAGCGCCGGCAGGUUCGGUACCUGUGCAGGCACGAGCCUUCACCGAGCUCUAGUACUGACGAAGAAGAAGAGAAGGGGAAGGAGUUAACAGAGCUAGAGGAAAAUGGUGAUGAUUUCUAUGUGGAUGAUGAGAAAGCAAUAACUGUGAUAGAGGAAGAUGAUGAUAUUGAAGAAGAAGAAGAAAAUGUGAAAACAGAGGACGAGGCUCCUCCUGUUGUGCCCUGGAAGAUGAACCUUAGGAGUAGGAAGAGGAAGCGCCAAGAUCACCAUAGAAGGCCCAAGAAAACCACAAAGAAAUCAAAAUCUAUAACAAAACGUCAAAAGCAGAAUCAAGUUGUAGCAGUAAACUGGAUUUCACCAGAAAAUUAA